AAACACCCAGCAAAUGUUGAGUGCUAAAAGUGCCGCAGUAUUGAGAAAACUUUUCGACUCCCAUGCGGACCUUCUCCAGUGUGAUCUCUCGUCGUUUGGACAGGGUUCAGUGACAGCUACUGCGGCAGCCGCUCAGUCAAGGGUCAACAAUGGUAUUACUGCUGAGUACUACACGCCUACUCGGACGAGGGAAAACUUUGCUCCGUGAUCCUUUUAAGAGGAUUUGCGUAAACAUGUCGUCCUCCCGCGCUUCUGGUAAGAGACUGCGGGUUCUGGUUGACAUGGACGGGGUCCUGGCGGACUUCGAGGGGGGUUUCUUGAAGAAGUACCGGGCCCGAUACCCGGACGAACCCCACAUCAGCCUGGAUGACAGGAGAGGGUUUUGGGUGUCAACGCAGUACGGGCAGCUGAGGAGUGACCUGUGUGAAAAAGCUAUCAGUAUCUGGGAGUCCAAGGACUUCUUCAUAGAACUGGAGCCACUGCCAGGAGGAGUGGAGGCGGUCAAGGAGAUGGCCAAGAUGGAUAACACAGAUGUCUUUAUUUGCACCAGUCCUAUAAAACAUUACAAACACUGCCCAUAUGAGAAGUAUGCCUGGGUAGAGAAACAUUUGGGCAAUGACUUUCUGGAACAGGUCAUCCUGACCAGAGACAAGACCGUAAUCACCGGGGACAUCCUCAUAGACGACAAGCCUGACAUUCUAGGCGUGGAGCCCAAUCCAACGUGGGAGCACAUCCUGUUCACCGCCUGCCACAACAAGCAUCUUUCCGUCAGCCCCUCCCAGAGGCGACUCCUGUCAUGGUCGGACAACUGGAGGGCCAUCCUGGACAGCAAAUGGCAGUGAGAAACUCCUUCAUCCACGUGCUUCCUUGUUAGUGGUAGAUGUGGGAGUCACUGCAGCAUCCUCAUCCCAGCACUGGUGGGUGCCACCAGUGGGUGCCGAGGUUCCAAGGGAACACUGUCUCGCAGAAUUGAUUUCUAAAAGACGUAGGGUAACAUAUUAAUAGGGGAAUGAUCAGAUAAAUAAAUAUUCAGGUUGGAUGCUUUUAACAAGGAAGAAGAAACUUGAUGAACUGUCGGGAAAGGACUUUCUCUUGUUUGACCACAAGGGGGCACUCUGAGACCGAGUGUGAAGUGAACCACCUCCACCACAUUUCAUUGAAGAAACUUCAGGUUGAAGCGCAGGUUGAAGUUGUUGUGAAUAGCAGGCACUCCCAUUUCUCACAGCAAAAAAAAAAAAAAAACUCUCCAGGAGUCAUAGGCACUAGCAAGUAUGUGCAAUACAUAAACAUACUGUAAGACCUGGACUUUAAAACACUCGUUACUGUUAUGUCAGGUCGUCAUACUACAUGUUCAUUUUGGGAGGGUACUACCAUGUGUCUUGGGUCACCGUGUACCACUGUCAUGCACAUACAAAUAUAUGUACAGAGAUGUCUCUCAUGGUUUCUAAAGAGGAGAUACAUUGGUGCUUUUUUUUAAAUGUGUUUCCUCUGUUUCACAAUGAUCUAUGCAUCUUAACUAAUACACCACUAUGAGAAAAAAAAUGAACAGCACAUAUACUGUGCAUAAUGCAUGUUGCCAAAACCAUCAAAAGUGUUGGAUAUACUGAGACGGUAAAAGACGUGUGCUGAAUAUGAUUCAAACAUUAAAGGAAGAAAAGAUUUAUUGGAGGUUGUGUAAGACUGUUCAGAAAUUGAACAGACUUAUUUCUUGAUGUUAGAAAGGACCAAAACUCAAUAAAGAGAGAUAAUUU